CGUUCCCUUCGACUUGGUGUCUCUUUCUAACGCACCGAAAACAUGCGCGAGCGAGAAAACAUCGCCAGCGAAAAAUACAUCGCGCAAUCAGCGUAUACCGAACCGUACCGCAGGAGGGCCUCUCGUGAGCAUAACAAUUUUUUCAUUUUCAUUUCGAUGUAAUCCAACGGUCGGACCGGUGUGCCGUGCGAGACGCUCUAGCGUUUGUGUUUCCAAAUUUUUAUCGUGUGAGUAAGGUGACGUGAUGAUAAAUAUUGUGUUUGUAUGAUUGAUUUUUUUUUUGUGGUUGUUGCUCGCUUCACCGUGCUCUUGUUGGGGAUUAUGUUCUUUGCUGGUCAGAAAUAGCGUGAAAUAGAGAAGUUAUGGUUGCAGUGCGCCAAAUGCUGUAGCCGAUUUGUGUGUCUAAAUAGGUGUUCUGUUUUUUUUUUCGUUUUUUUGCUCGAUGGCGGAACCAUUUUUUACCGCUUUUGUUCGCUAAAACUGUGCCGAGAUGGUGGAGCCUACUCUACUGGUACGAGUUCUUAACCCGAUCGAACGUGAUACGUGAGCUGUGUGAGCGAGGGAUUCACAAAGUGCGUGACAGUUUUAUCUCACUUCGAUUAAAAAGCGCUAGCCGAGAACAACCAGCAAACCAAAAAAAAAACACAUUAAAAACUUAAAAAAUAGCAGUAGCACCAGCAAACACACAUGGUUUUUGGGAGUCUCUUGAAGAACAACAAAGGCAACACACAAAAAAUAUACAACUUCAGGUAGAGGAAUCGUCGUACCUCAGUAUAAGCGCUUCUUGCAGUGCUGCGUGCAGUGAAACGAUUUUGUGUUUCGGCGUGUGCGUGCGUGUGUGUGUGCGUGUGCGUACAAGUGUCAUUUUUAUCCAUCCGUGGGACAAAUUGGGAAGAGAAGCGAAAAACAAAACGCCAAAAACCCGGACCACAAAGAACGAAAAUCGUAAAGGGUUUUUUUUUUGUUUUGACAAGACACCACAGAGACAGGAGUCAUCCAGCCGACACACCACCCGCCAAGAACCGUACGGAAGGAUAACAGGAAGGCAAACAAACAUUCGUGGAGUGAAGCCGCGGGUUCGGCUCGUGUGUAUGUGACAUGUGACGUGAACCUGAGACAUAUCGGCACAACAGUCAAUGCACAACAAGCCAUUCCCAGCCGGUUCAGGGGGAGACACAUGCGAAAAGCAAAACAAACGCAAUUUCCCGUACGUCUGCUAGAACUUUGGAAGUUUUUUGGAAAGGAAGUUGUCCCCAUGUGCCGCAAACUGUUGUCGGGUUGUAGUGCAGUUCCGUGAACCGUAGUGCGUGUGUGACUGUGUUGUGAUCUCUCCGGUGAUCAGUGUGAUCAGUGUGCGCGAGUGUUCUGCGGAAGGUACUUUUGGUUGGGCCGGAAGAAGCGUUCGUUCACCAAUUGCAGACGGCCGGACGGACACGUCCCGUGCGAUUUUCAACAUCACGGACCCACGCAACGGCUCCAAGAUUCUCUCACUACAGCAUCCGUAUCACCAUCAUCACCAUCCGAACGCCGGUAGCACGCUGGAGGGCAGAACGAUCGAGUACCGGCCCGGUGGCGGGCUGGACUACCACAACUCUCCGCUGAUGGCGGAGAUACCGACCGGUGACUACAGCCACAUCCACCGAUCGAUCGAUCAGCUGCGAUCGAUGAACGAGCGGGGCGUGCUGGGACAGCUGAACGCACUGCAGCAUGCAGCGGCUGCCGUUGGCAAUGGAACCGACCUUCGAUCGGCACUGGUACACGACUACAAACCGUACAUUAGUGAUCUGCGCGCGAAUGCCGCGAACGAUCGGUUGAUCGACUAUGCCGUCGUACAAAAGCACCACCACCAUCAUCAACAGCAGCAGCAACAGCAGCAGCAGCAGCAACAUCAGCAACAUCAGCAGCAGCAGCUUCCUCACCAACAGCAGCAACAGCAGCAAGCACAGCAACAUCAUCAGCACGGUCCUCCACACCUGCUGGAUGAUCGAACAGGCAACAAUAAUAAUAACAACAACAACCAUGAAACAGAUCUGCGCAUGGUGGAGGAUCACAAACCGCCACACUACAGUGCCCCGUCCACACCUCCCACACCGCUGGCGAUCGUCGAGACGCAGAUGGCAGAACCCGUGAAGAGAUAUGGAAAAGGUCGCAAAAAGAUCUUCUCCGCCAAGGCGAACCUGGAUCUGCACGGUGGGACGCUCCAGAUGCGCGAAACCAAACCGUACAAAUGCACCCAGUGCACGAAGUCGUUCGCCAACUCGAGCUACCUGUCGCAGCACACGCGGAUACACCUCGGCAUCAAGCCGUACCGGUGCGAGAUCUGUCAGCGCAAGUUCACGCAACUGUCGCACCUGCAGCAGCACAUCCGGACGCACACCGGCGACAAACCGUACAAGUGUCGACAUCCCGGCUGCCCGAAAGCGUUCUCCCAGCUCUCCAACCUGCAGUCCCACUCGCGGUGCCAUCAGACGGACAAACCGUUCAAGUGUAACUCGUGCUACAAAUGCUUCACCGACGAGGCCUCGCUGCUGGAGCACAUCCCGAAGCACAAGGAUUCGAAGCACCUGAAGACGCACAUCUGCCAGCUGUGCGGUAAAUCGUACACGCAGGAAACCUACCUGGCCAAGCACAUGCAGAAGCACGCGGAAAAGGAAGAGAAGCGUCGCAACCGGGCGGCUGGCGGCGGAGGCGGCGGCGGUGGCGGUGGAGGAGGCGGAGGUGCCGGAAGUGGGGCGGGCGGUGCUAACUCGGCGGCUGGAUCGGGCGCGGCCGGUAAUAAUAACAACAACAGCAGCAGUAACGCUAACAGUAACGCCAAUAAUAGUGGCGCCGGAAGUCCAAACGGUGCCGGUACUGCCGGUGCGAAUGCGGCAGCAGUGGCCGCGGUAGCGGAUGCAGCCGCCGUUGGUUUGGCGGGCCUGGCCGGGCUGGGUCUGAACCGGAUGGGCGGUAUGGUGGUGGGUAAUGCGGCGGCAGCUGCGGCGGCGGUCGGCCUGGAACAUCCGUACUGGCCGAAGGUGAGUCCGGAUUCGGCUGCCAGCUUAGCGGAAGCGAUGCAGCAACAGCAGCAGCAGCAGCAGCAACAACAGCAGCAGUACGAUUUCAGCAGUAGUGGCGGCGCGAACAGUGGUGGUAACACCGGGGGCGGUGCGGGCAGUGCGGGCGGCAAUGGCGGCGGGAAUAAUGGGGCAGCGAACGAUCCGCAGCAUCAUCGUAACUUGAACGGGAGCAGCAGUUCCGCCAACUCGGCGGACGACGUCGGCGAGGACCUGGUAGUCAUCCGGCACAACUCCCAGCAGCAGCAGGUGCAACAGCAGCAGCAGCACGUUAACAACCAAUCGAACUCCUCAUCCGCCUCGAACACGUCCGCCUUCACACCGAUCAAUGUGAUGCCGCCGCAUCUGAACAGUCUGGCGGCGGCCCACCAGCAUCACCAGCAGCAGCUGGUCGCUGCCCAGCAGCGGGCACCACCGUACCUGUACGAUGCGAUCAACUUCCAGAAUCAGAAAGCGAUCAAUCAGAAUGCGGCAGCGGUGGCGGCGGCCGCAGCGAACGGUUUCCCGAACCAGCUGAUCUCCCUGCAUCAGAUCCGGAACUACGCGCACCAACCGGGUGGUGGUGGAGGCGGUGGAGGUCUGCUGUCCGGUGAACAUCUGCUGAUGGGUGGUGGCGUUGGUAAGGUGGAAAAAUAGUUCCACGACGGUACAACGGGAACACGGUUGUUGGUGCGCGGACUAUUGUUGCUGUACUGAGGAUCAUGCUUAAACCGGGUGUGGGUGUGUGUGUGUUCGUGUGAGCUAAGAAAAGUUGUAAUUAUAGAGCGAAGGGAGGAACUUCACGUAUGCAGAGACACACACACGCGCGCGCACGCACUUGUCUGCGAUCGAUCAGGAGUUUGACAGUUGUGGGCGUUCUGUUUCAAUUAACUUCUAUUUAUCCCUCCUCGGUGUGCAAAAGUCCUUUGAUCCUUUGAAGCAAAAGGACCUAAAAAGAAGAGAGAUAGAGAAGGUAGAAUUGUAAAAGAUGAUAGUAUCGUAGCGUAUCGUAGGUUGCUUUUUGCCUUAGACUUGUUUAAGUUCUAUCGUAUCGUCAAAACCUUCUAUCACUCUUUCUCUCUCUCUCCCAUUCUCUCUGUAUCUAUCGGGCGUGCCACAGCAACAGCACCAACAACAAAACCCUGUUAGUUAAGGAUUUUCUUUAUAAGUUAUAUAAGCUCGCCGUAGAUAAGCUAUCAGCAGCAAUCGCGUUGAUAGAGCCGGGCAAUUGUGGAACGGUUUGAAACCGUUCCCGGCGGUCUCCACAGAAACCAGGUGGGGUGUGCACGUACUCACUCGCACUCAUACGUACGUCCCGCACUCAAUGCCCGAUGUAUGCGAGGUUCCUUGGCGGUACUUUUCUGGCCUCCGUUUUGUUUUAAAUCCUUGCUUAGAUUUGCGCCUAGUUAAAGGAUCUCGGUGAUUUUAGACGAUUAAGUUUACUGUGGCAGGGGGCGGAGGGUUUUUCUUUUUUUUUUUAUUAUUAUUGAUUAACACACUCUACGAAGCGGCACCGUACGUGUGAGUGUACGUGUGCGUAUGUGUGUAGGAACAGGGUGCAGCUAGGAGGGGGGGAAGGUGAAAUAGAAAACACAUUUUACAUUUAAAAAGCACACCCACCCGUACACGAUAAACACACAGACAAAAAUGAAACAGAAUCGGAUAUUUCAACUAUUCGUAGGAGAAGCGAUAAAUGUAAAUAGAGAAGCAAAUCAGGAGUAGCUAUAAAUAUAAAUACAACAUAUACAUCUCUAUAAAUGUAAUAUCACUUGAAGUGUGUGCUCUCGUGUAUCCUGUUACGUACUUGUACAAAACAAAACAAACAAACAAACAAAAACAGAAUCCACAUCUCCGCCUUGGGAUUGUCCUGUGGAAGGUUUAGCGGUCACGGGUUUCGUGCCCCCAAUCGUCACCCCCCAUUUAGAAGUUACGAUGCAUUUAAAACCAGAAACAAAACAAACAAAACGGCGGGGGGAACGAACGAUCGCGAGAGUUGAUCGUUGGUUGACCGAAACGAACAACUUGCAACCAUCCAAGACACCUAGAAUUCUUCGGCGGCUGUGGACGACAGUUUCCUUUUUCUUACGGUUUAGUUGCCUUAUUUCUUAUUUGUAACUACGAGCAAGCUUAUCAUUACAAAAGUGUGUUUGUGUGCUUGAUCGAUCGGUGUUUGCAUAUGACGGUGAACAGUGAUCGUUCCGUUUGGAGCAGGUUUUUUGUAUGUGGAGAACAGGAUCUCUUUCGCUUUCUGCAUUAACCUUCCAGUUUCCACUUUCUCGAAGAAAGAGCAAAGCGGAACGAUCCGUCAUGAAGCCACCAUCGUCCGUCGCACAACUGCUCAAUGAUAAAUUUGCUCUUUACGUACUAGAAUUGUAAGGGCAAUAGGGGAGGGAGCAGCAUGUAGUGCGAGAGACCGAUUUACUUAAGCAAACAAAACACGCUACAACAAAACCCAAAUCACGUGCAAAAAUGGAACAUUUCUAGCAAAUGAACUAUGGCAUCUCUUAUCGAAAACAAUAGAACAAAAAAAACCCAAACACCCAUGUAAACACGCUGGGAUAACAGUAACAAAGAUCGAAAAGAAAUUAAACAAAAAAAACAGAUCGAUCGCAAAAAGGAGGAACGCCACAAGCGGGGAAAAAAUGUAUGUGUAGGCAGGGAAUGCACGAAAAAGCGUAAAUUAAAGGUUAGAGGAUGUGAUGUGUGCGAUUAGUAGUUGCAGCAUUAGUAAUUAGUAGUAGAAGUAGUAGUAACGAAUGUUAGUGUCGUGAGGAAUGGAAAAGCGUAAAACAGCGAAAAUUAUGUAAAUGAAAAAAAACAACAAACAAACAAACAAAACUACAACAGAAAUUACACGACGACGAAUGAUGAUGAAAACAAAGCAGCAAACUGAUGCAAAACAAAUCUUUUAUGAUUAAAUAAAACAGAGUAAAAAAAAACAUAAUUUAAAAUAACGUAA